CUGCCGAAAGGAGGAAAGCAGCUGCUCAUGGAGAUGGGGCUGUGGGAAGGCGAGCCAACCCUACGCGUUCACGAGUGCAGCGCGUGCAGGGCGGAAAAGGCGGCAACAAGGCAAGCCAUUACCGCCUUCAACCGCGGUGGAGAGGGGCGGCAGCAGGUGGUGGACAACACGGGGCAGGGAGAGCCGGACGGCAGAGAGG